UACAUAGUUUUGAGGGUAUAUGCGAAUUAUCCGAAAUUCCGAAUCUUAUACCGUUUAGCAUUCAACGAUUUUUUCUGCGAUAAUCUUCCAAGAAUCUGAAUCUCUCGCAGGAGACAAUUGAGAGUGAAAUGGCGGAGGAUAGUAAUAAUCGUGCUAAGAAAGAGUCUACACUAAUACCGAGUUCGUCGAAUUCGCCGCGUCAUACACAAGACAUUGAAAUUGAAGCCGACGAUCCCGUCAAAUCCCCUCCUAAUUCCGCCAAUAAUUCAUCUACUCGCAAGGCUUGCUAUGCUGUUCUGCAGAGUUGGGCGUCGAAGAAGUUUAUGACAGGAUGUGUUGUUCUCUUUCCUGUUGCUGUUACAUUUUUCAUCACUUGGUGGUUUAUUCAGUUUGUUGAUGGUUUCUUCAGUCCUAUAUAUGAAAGGCUUGGCAUUGAUAUAUUUGGUCUUGGGUUCAUCACGUCAUUAAUAUUCACUUUCUUUGUGGGUAUAUUUGCUUCCUCAUGGUUGGGUGCCACAGUUUUCUUGAUAGGAGAAUGGUUUAUAAAGCGAAUGCCUUUUGUCAAACACAUAUACUCGGCUUCCAAACAAAUUAGUUCUGCUAUCUCUCCUGAUCAAAAUACCACAGCUUUCAAGGAAGUUGCCAUCAUUCAUCAUCCUCGCGUUGGAGAAUAUGCCUUUGGUUUUAUUACAUCAUCUGUAGUCCUUCAGAGAGAUGCUGGGGAUGAGGAGUUAUGCUCUGUUUAUGUCCCAACAAAUCAUUUGUACAUAGGGGAUGUAUUUCUGGUUAAUUCGAAGGAGAUCAUUAGGCCAAAUUUGUCUAUCCGUGAAGGCAUAGAGAUCAUCGUGUCCGUUGGAAUGUCAAUGCCACAGGUGAUUUCUCCCUUAGAAAGGAUUACACACCAGAAUAAUAUGAUCCCUCUGAACAGAGUGAUGUAGAAAUUAAUAUUGUUGUCGAAGAAUGUUCAACUAGCUAUUUCACUUCCACUACAUCCAGUUUAUUUCGAAGGCAUGGUUACAUCUCCACUCCUCCGUCUUUCUGCUUGUUGGACAAUACAAAUUGUAGUAGUGAGUUACAAAGUGGUGAAAUGUUGUGUUUUGCCUAGAAAAUGAAAGCACGGAGUUUGGACAACAUUUCACCUAGAAAAUGAAAGCACAGAGUAAUGUGUAUUUUUAUACAGAGAAAAUGUCCAUGUCGAUAUUUAAAUUCUCUUUGCCCAGUCACCCUGUUUAUAUGUCCAUAAUGCUGGAUUUAUAUCAUCCAAAAUCAGGCUUGUGAAUUCA